GGACUCCAUGAGGACCAGCCACUUCAACAGAUCUUACAAAAACAGACGAGGGGGAAGACAGGAGCCCACGGGAGAUGGUCUUUCUCCUUAGAGUAGGAACACCUCAGCCUCAGGCAGACACAGCAGGAAGGGCUCUGAGAGGCUGAAAGUCUAGGUAGGACGGGUGCAAGGCUAGGGGAAUGGGAGGGACCAGCUCUGUGCAGCAGUGGGCGUGGCUCCACUUUUCCCACCUCAGAACUAUGGGGAGCCGGGGUCGCAGUGGGCUGCCCCUGGUGCAGGCCCCCUACACGGUUCUGCUGCUGCCACUGGAGACAAGCCACCAAGACCCAGGGGCCCGGAGCUUCUUCCUCUGGCUGCAGAGGAUGCAGGCUCUGGAGAGGGAACAGGAUGCCCUGUGGCAGGGGCUGGAGCUGCUGGAGCAUAGCCAGGCCUGGUAUGAGGGCCGCCUGAGGGAAGCCCAACAACAGCAGCUGCGUCUGGGGGCCCUUGGUGAGAAUUUUCUAACAGAUUCACACUCAGAGCCUGGCAGCCCCCAGUUAGCCCAGAUUCAAAAGGUGAACAUCUGUUUGCAGAAUCUAAUUCAGGGGAAGUUCUCUCCACAUCCCUUGAACAAAGAUAGUUCCUGCGCCACCCAAGACUGGAAGGGAAGGCCAAGGAAACAGAAUUUGUGGCAGCAGCAGGUAAGCUGUAGAGAAGUGGGGGGAGGGUGGAAGCCCUGGGCCUCAGUGGGAGUGGGGAGCACAAACACCCAAACUGUCUCUCUCCUCUUCUCCAGGAGCUGACAAGGCAGCAGAAAGGAGUCAUUCGCCCAAAGGGGGAGAUGGCUCAGCCAGGCUACCCCGAGGGACGGGUGGGCCCUACCCGUGUCUAAGGUCUCCUCUGGUUCCCCUCAGUUGUGCUGGGGAGGCUAGGUCAGAACCCCCAGCCUCCUUAUUCCUUUUUUUGACUCAACAGCUAAAUGGCUCCAAGUAGUGGGUCAACUGAAGUCCAAACAUUUUGGUAUAUAGUUUCUUCUCUCCUGAAAACUUCCAUCUCACCUUUUUGGUGUUUUACACUCUCCCUCUUC